AUGGGACUCGCCGGCCGCAAACAAAAACAGCGCAUCGGGCACGACCCGCGCAACCUCGCCUGGGCAGACGACGCGGCGAAAUUCGGCCAGCAAUACCUCUCCAAAUUCGGCUGGGACGCCUCGAAAGGGCUGGGCGCCUCGGGCGAAGGCCGCACCUCGCACCUCAAAGUGUCCCAGAAACUGGACAUGCUGGGCAUAGGACACGCGCAUCAGAAUUCGCCGGACGGGAUCGCGUGGAAGCAGAAUCGGGAUUUUGAGAAUCUGCUUAGGAGGUUGAAUGGCGGUGAGGGGGAGAAGGAGGUGGGGACUGCUGUUAGUGGGUUUGAUCGGGCGAAGGAGGGUGAGGUGGAGGGGGAUGAGGAGGUUGGGGAGAAGAGGAAGAGAGUUGAUGCGGAGGGGGAGGUUGAUGAGAAGGAGGCCAAGCGGAGGCGGAAAGAGGAAAAAACAAAGCGGAAGGAGGAGAAAGCGAAGAAGAAAGCCGCCAAGGAGGAGAAGGAGUCGAGCGAGUCUGAGCCAGAGGCACCCAAACCCGUCGUCGUGCGCGCACCACCACGCUCGCACCGCGCCCGACACAUCCGCAUGAAACGCCUCGCCGCGUCCGAUAGCGCUGCGAUGUCCGAGAUCCUAGGCGUAUCAUCCUCCUCAGUCCCCUCCACACCCGUCCCCGUUUCCACCUUAACAUCAACAUCCGACGAACCCGAGCACGCGCCGCUGGAGAAGCUUACGACGUCGACGUUCUCCGUAGCCGAUUACUUCAAGGCGAAGCUCGCAGAGAGGAGUACGGCUAAACGGCCUUCGGCUUCGAGUACGCCUGUGGUGAAUGAUGAUGAUGAGGAGGAGAAGCCGAGGAUGGGACUAGGCAUGCGCGCGCGCCCUGCCGAUGAGGAGGACAGUACACCGCGCAUGGGCCUGGGCUCGACUUCGAAGUUCGCUUCCAUGGCUAUGUUCGCGCCUGCUCAAACAUCCGCGACAGUCGUCGAAGAGAAGGAGGUGGCGAUACAGGACGACGUUGUUGUUGUCAAGGAGGAGGUCAUUGUCGAGAGCGUAGACGGACAGGACGAGGAGAAGUCGUCGAAGGAGGAGAGGCGCAAGGCGAAGGAGGCCAGGAAGGCGGAGAAGAAGCGGUUGAAGGCUGAGCGGAAGGCGGCUGAGGAGGAGGCUGCAGUAGCGGAGGAAGCUCGAGCAGAAGAGCCGACGAAGAAGCGGAAAUCAAAGAAAGACCGCUCUUCGAAAAAGCAGAAGGAGUCCGAGGACUCUUCGUAG